AUGCCUGAAAUAGUCAUAGUGUGGAUGUUGGACCAAAUUGCAGAUCAAGGCGAGGGAGCCACAAGAGAGCAGUAUGAGGAGGAGCAGGAGGCCAAAGCUGAGCUGCAGCGUGCUAUGUCCAAGGCUAACAGUGAGGUGGCUCAGUGGAGAACCAUGUAUGAAACUGAUGCCAUUCAGCGCACUGAGGAUCUCGAGGAGGCCAAGAAAAAGCUUGCCCAGCGUCUUCAGGAUGCGGAAGAGUCCAUCGAGGACGUGAAUGUGAAAUGUGCCUCUCUGGAGAAGACCAAACAGAGGCUACAGGGUGAAGUGGAGGUCUUGAUGAUUGACGUGGAGAGAGCUAAUGCUCUGGCUGCAAACCUGGACAAGAAGCAGAGGAACUUUGACAAGGUUCUUGCAGAGUGGAACCAGAAGUAUGAAGAGAGUCAGGUUGAGCUGGAAGGAGCUCUGAAGGAGGCGCGUGCUUUGAACACAGAGAUGUUCAAAAUGAAAAACUCCUAUGAAGAAGCUCUGGGCCACCUGGAGACCCUGAAGAGGGAGAACAAGAAUCUGCAACAGGAAAUAAGUGAUUUGACUGAGCAUAUUAGUGAAACAGGAAAGACAAUUCAUGAACUGGAGAAGGGUAAGAAAACUGCAGAGAAUGAGCACUUCGUGGAGCACCGACUUGGGCCCACCUCCGGGCCCCCUCCACCCACACGGGUCAUUGAUGGUGGUCCAGUGUUCUCGGUCUGGCGCAUUCUCAGGUCCAGGCGAAGAGGACGUGGAUUGCAAUACCUGGUUGACUGGGAGGACCUAAUUCGUGAGUUUCACCGUCUCCAUCCUGAUCAGCCUCGUGGUCCGUCAGGAGCCGGACCUUAA